AUGGCGCCGACCUCAGUAACGGCGACUGCUCAGUCGCAAACCUCUAAAUUCAAGCGCCCAGUGCCCCCAGGCAUCCAGACCAAUGGCAUCCACUCCUCGACCUCCUCCCCCUCCCCCUCGAUGGCCGCCAGCCGACUUCCCUCUGCCGCCAAAUACCCGCCAAACUCUGCGACAAGCAACGGAACAGGAAGUAGUUCAGGGCCGAAGUCUGCCAACCGGAAUAAACGUGAUGCGCCCUCCCAGGUCCCCGGCAGAGGACAAAGGAAUAGCAGCGUCGGCUUGCGAUCUGGCGGUAUAAUGGAUUUCACCAUCGGCCAGAAUGCCGAGCCGCAACCAUUUUUCAAAUCGGACGAGUAUAUUCUGAGGAGGUAUCGAGGCAAACCACCAUCUCUGAUCAUCCAUCUAUAUCCAAACCAUUUUCGAUUCGACCAACAGGAGGGUAGCUUCACGUACAAGUCGCCCAUGAGAAUUGUCAUUGAGCAUUUACGUUCCCGAACAAUCCCUCAUGACCUGCUCGAGUUCAUGCCGAAUAUAGAGUACUAUGAAGACUGCAUGAUUGUACAAAUACACGACCACAAGUCCAUUGCCCCCUCACAGAAUUCGGAUCGACCAAAAUCCGAACUUAGAAAAAGCGUCCCAUUUUCUAUACACAACUAUAAUGCCUACCUCACCCCAUCCUCCUACGUAUCGUUUCCGAUGGAGACUGCGGCGCCAGCCAAGGCCAGGGCUGAUGCCGAUACAAAGAGUCCCUCUACACAAAAGGAUAAGGAGAACAUGCCAGCUCCCGCUCUACCCAAUGGAGCUCACACUGCGUCGCUUCCCACGAAGCCCAAGAUAAGUACAAUUGUCCUUCGACCAACGCCCCUGAGCAGACAUACCGAACUUGCCCUUCGAGCCGCUGAGGCCCUCUCAAGUAGCGAUGGCCGGAAGGAAUCUCGUCAGGAGAUUAAUGGCUCACUGUCUGUAACUGUUCCACCAACUCCCACGACAGCCAUUUCUUCAAACCUACAGACUAGCAGUAUGGCUCAUCCUGCGAAACGCUUGAAGAAAUCACAUGCGGGUCUCACCACGAGCAAUCUCUACUCGUUAGAGGCGCAAAUCACCCUUGCCACUACUGCGCCGCUCAUGCUGGAACCGAUACAUAGUGUAAGAGAGGCUGCCGCUCUGCUAGAAGCAAUGUCCCACCCAAUGCACUCAGAAGCGCCUCCUGCACCAAAGACUCGAAAGAGGACUGUUGCAGAAAUGGCCGCAGAUGAGGCGCAAGCAGCAGACCAAGAACGACAUAUGCUCAGUUUCGACGAAAGAGUCAUUCCGAGUACUCCUGGGGCACAGGGUGGCUCGAACCCGGCAAAUGGUGACGGUCAAGUAGGUGGUGCUUCCUUUGAGCCGCGAUUCGAAAGAUUCAAGACUUUGGAGAAUAUCCGAACUCAGCAUGAGGAAACCAAGAGAGCAGACAAGCAGCGACGAGAAGAAGCAGAAAGGAAGAGCAAGCAAGAUCAAGAGCGCAACAAGCUCCGAGAUGACGCUGAGAAACGGGAGCAAGAGAAACAACGGACGGCUUCAUUGCACCAACAGCACAUGGCUCACCAACUCGGCCAAGAGGCAGCCAGACGACGCCAGGCGGCACAGCAAACGGUGCAGGCCCAGCAGGCCCAGCAGGCUCAGCAGGCUCAGCAGGCUCAGCAGGCCCAGCAGGCUCAGCAGGCCCAGCAGGCUCAGCAGGCCCAGCAGGCCCAGCAGGCCCAGCAGGCUCAGCAGGCUCAGCAGGCUCAGCAGGCUCAGCAGGGUGGGCAAGGCACCCCCCAUCUUCAACAAAGUGGACAGGUGCAGAAUCCUCACGGCCACCCCCAGGCGAAUGGCAUCGCAGCUCAGCCGCAACGAUUCCAUCAACAACAGGUAUCUCAGACUCAAGCCUCGUCUCCGAUUGUCCGCAAUGGUACACCUCAAAACCAUUCGUCACCGGUGGUAAACAAUAUGGGGAAUGUUCCCAUGCAGCACUCCACCUCAAGCAUGGGUGGCAGCCCUGCUCGACCGGGAUCCGUCGUCCAUCAAAAUCAUCCUCAGAUGGGUCCGGGAGCUCACGGCAUGGUUGCGCAACGAAGUCAGCAGAGUCAUGCUGGGACACCUCGCAUGCCGGUAGCUACUCCCAAUAUCCAGUCUACGCCUCUUAAUCGCCCAAUGAGCCAGACGCCUCGGAUGAGCCAAGGUAGCCCGAUGCAAGGAUCGAUGGCAACAAUGCAGGUUCCAAUGAUGAAUGGUCAGCAAAUGCAAGUGAACUCCCAGCAGGCGCAAGUUAUGCAACAGCAACAAAGAAUAGCUGUGAUGAUGCGAAAUCAGCAGCAGGCGCAAGCUGCUCAGCAAAAUGCUGGUCCCAAUCUUCAACAAGCCUACGGUGCACAAAUGGCGGCUAUUGCUCAACGCUCAGGAGGUCUCGGGCCGAACAUGAAUCAGAACAUGAUGAAUGGCCAGCAGGCGAUGACUGGUAUGCCCCAGAUGACGAUGCAGCAAAUGCAGCAGAUGCAACAAAUGCGUCAGCAGGCUCAGGUCCAAGCACAGGCCCAGGCUAUGGGUGGUCAGCAAAUGAAUAGUCAGCAAUAUAUGGCGGCUCAAAUGAUGCGGCAACAACAACAGCAGGCGGCUCAGCAGGCAGCUCAACAGCAGCAACAGCCGCUCAAUCCUCAACAGCAGCAACAUCAAGCCGCACAACAGCAGUUAUUCCAGCAGCAAGUGAUGGCCACUGCAAGCGCGAUGUACUCGCAACAAAGACCAAAGGUUGCAGCGCAAUACGCCAAUGGCGCCAUCCCUGAAGAAAUAGAUAGAUCUCUCAGGGCAACAUGUCAGCAAACCGCUACUGCUACUGUCCAGCGUCAAUUUCAGGCUCGACGAGCACAGCAUCAGCAGGCGAUGAUGGCAGCUCAAGGUGGGAUGCAGCAAAACAUGAACGGGAUGCACAACGGGAUGGGUAUGUAA